AGGAGUGUUCGGGAGAUGCGUGAGGAGAGAAUCGAAGGGAGGGUCCGAGGAAGGGGAAGAGACGAACGUCGGACCCAAACGCAUUUUACAGAGCAAUUUUUAACAGCUAAAUCUAUUCUUGAGUUCCGGACACGUAUCGAGCGGACUGUCCUCAUCUUGACCGUCCAUCACACCGAAGAUGAUCAUGAUCUGAUGAGCCUUCCCUUCGCUAGGGUUUCCUUUUACCGCCUCACUCGGAUAUAUAAUCCCUCCGCUACUCCGCCGGCUGGUAUUAGGGUUUGGAUCUCGCUUGCUUUCGCAAUGGCGCCGCCGAAGAAAGCGAGGAUGGCGAGCCGGAACCCUAGCCUGAUCCGAGGCAUCGGCAAGUUCUCGAGGUCGAAGAUGUACCACAAGCGCGGGAUCUGGGCCAUCAAGGCCAAGCAUGGCGGUUCCUUCCCCCACCACGACCUGAAGCCUGCGCCGACAACGCCGGCAGCCGUGAAGCCCCCCAAGUUUUACCCCGCCGACGACGUCAAGACUCCCAUCCCCAAUCACCGCAAGGCCAAGCCCACCAAACUCAGGGCGAGCAUCACUCCCGGGACUGUUCUGAUCCUUCUCGCGGGGAGGUUCAUGGGGAAGAGGGUUGUCUUCCUCAAGCAGCUGCCUUCCGGGCUUCUGCUCGUUACUGGGCCCUUCAAGAUAAAUGGAGUGCCUCUAAGGCGAGUAAAUCAAGCUUAUGUCAUCGGAACGUCCACUAAAGUUGAUAUAUCACAAGUCAAUACUGACAAGUUUGAUGAUAAGUACUUCACCAAGGAGAAAAAGAAGACGGCAAAGAAGAGCGAAGGUGAAUUUUUCGAGAGUGAGAAAGAGGAAACAAAGGGACUCCCUCAGGAGAAGAAGGAUGACCAAAAGUCUGUGGACACCCCAUUGAUAAAAGCCAUCGAAGCAGUCGAAGACUUGAAGACCUACUUAGGUGCAAGGUUUUCACUUAGGUCAGGGAUGAAACCCCAUGAGCUCGUAUUCUAGAAUGAAGAAUUUAUUUCAGCUUAGUUACAAUUUUAUUUUGGUUUUUGCUGGUUUGCCUGGAGCUUAGACUGUCACGAGGAUCCUGAAUUUUGUUUCAUGCUUUUCUAUUCAACUGGAGAAUUCUUCUCAGCUAUAAAUGUUUCAGUUGGAAAUUUACCACUAAGUGAAUCUAUAGUUUUCAGAGAUUUGCAUUGGCUUUUAA